AUGCCGGCCUUAGCCGGAUUAUCAGCACUCGAGAGGCUACCAGUGGAAAUUAUCCAAGAGAUCUUCCUCCACUGUCUCGAGGUCAACCUCCCACGAGCCUCCAUCCACAUUGCCCGGGCUCUCUCCAACACGGUCCUAUACACCUGGGUCAUUCGCUAUGUCUUCAGCAGCACCAACGAAAGCGCAAAACGGGAUUUCUUUACGCCUGAUUUUCUUCCCUGGCCUCUUGAUGUUUUCUCCAUCUCUCCCAAUGAGAGGAAGAACCUGCAAACCGUCAUCCUCGGUUGUCGCUGGUGUACACUACCUCUGAUCCGCAAAUGCCAGAGGGACUACAUCGAGCACACGAUCCGCCGCAAGUGUCUACAGCUAGACUUAUCACCGGAAGACCGCCAGAUCCUCACCAAUAUUGGCGAACACUUCGACAACGACCAACAUCUCACGCCUGAUGACACGAUCCAUGCUCAUCGCGGCAAAGGCGACCUAAUCCUCAAAGGCAAAAUCCCAAAGUCGGAUGUGGACUGCAAAGUUGCAGUGUGGUUCGAUGCUGGCGCAGUCCAGAUCCGUCCAUCCAGUGAGAUCUACCAGGAGACCGACAUCUUCCGGCUACCAUGCUUCGCAGCCAACCUACCAGUCCAGGUCCCGGACAAGCUACUUUUUCCUCCUUGGACCGACUCUAAACUGGACUUCCUCGAGCUGCUCUCAAUGGACGGCUAUCUUGACGAGGACCCCGAACACCCGCGGGCGAAGCGGAUCCUCCGACAGACGAUCCGAGACCGCGACCUCGCAACGUUCAAGCGAUUGCUGAGCAUGCGGAUUCGGGUGCCGUGGUACAAGUACCCCAUUCGGUGGCCGGUCCUGCCAAAUCACUUCUACGUGGCUUUGAAGUAUGCGGACGAGGUGGAGGACCCUUUCGUCCGGUUGCUGGCAUCUCGGGAUAAAUUGCCAGGAUGA